UCUCUAAAAAUCACCUUCGUUUAGCAACCCCUCUCUCCCCUCUCUCCCACACAAUGACUCGUUUCACCCCUCUUGCUUUCGUCGCCCUCGCUGCCAUCGCCCACCAGGGCCUUGCUGCCCCUGUCGCUCCUUGCGAUGCCCACCCUCAGGCAGUGCAGGAGUCGCUCAACAUCUUGAGCGGGAAUGAGGUAGGAAACGGCAAUUUUGCCGCAGGAUCCUACAACAAGGGCAACUCCAACAACGGCAACGGCAACUCCGCAAGCAAGCGUGAGAACAUCGGAAGUUUCAAUGAUAUUUUGGAUGGGAACGUCGCUUUCGGCUCCUACAACAGCGGAAACAAGGACAACGGCAACGGAAACAGCGCCGCCUUCAAGCGCGAAGACAUCAACUUCGGCAGCGGGAACGCCGUAGGCGACGGGAACUUUGGUUUCGGCUCCUUCAACGGCGGGAACAGCAACAACGGCAAUGGAAACAGCGCCGCCUUCAAGCGUGACGACAUCAACUUCGGCAGCGGCAACUCCAUCGGCAACGGCAACGGCGCUGCCGGCUCGUACAACAGCUGCAACGAGAACAACGGCAAUGGUAACUCCGCCGGCAAGCGCGGCGAUCCUUGCGAAAAGAAAGCCUCCGCACCCGAGUCAAACGACUUCAACUUCCUUUCUGGCAAUGCUGGGGGGGACGGGAACUUUGCUUUCGGCUCUUACAACUCUGGCAACUCCAACAACGGCAACGGGAACAAGGCCGGCAAGCGUCAGGAGUUCGGCAGCGGAAAUAGCCUACUGAAUGGCAACGGCGCUUUCGGCUCUUACAACCAGGGCAAUGAAAACAACGGCAACGGAAACCACCACGGAAAGCGUCAGGAGUAUGGCAGCGGGAAUAGCAUCCUUAACGGCAAUUUGGCGUUUGGAUCUUACAACAGCGGGAACAAGGACAACGGCAAUGGAAACAGCGCCACCUUCAAGCGUGACGACGUCAACUUCGGCAGCAAGAACUCGCUGCUGAACGGAAACGGUGCCUUCGGAUCUUACAACAGCGGAAACUAUGGCAACGGCGACGGAAACUCGGCCAGCAAGCGCCAGGAGAUCGGCAGCGGCAAUGGUAUCCUGAAUGGAAACCUCGCUUUCGGUUCUUACAACAAGGGCAACGAGAACAACGGCAACGGCAACAGCGCCACUUUCAAGCGCGAGGACAUCAACUUCGGCAGCGGGAAUGCCAUCGGGGAUGGUAACUUUGCUUUCGGCUCCUACAACAAGGGCAACAAGGACAACGGCGAUGGCAACAGCGCCACUUUCAAGCGCGAGGACAUCAACUUCGGCAGCGGGAAUGCCAUCGGGGAUGGUAACUUUGCUUUCGGCUCCUACAACAAGGGCAACAAGGACAACGGCGAUGGCAACAGUGCCUCCUUCGAGUACAAGCGGGACGACGGCUUCAACUUCCUCUCGGGCAACCAGGCAGGAGACGGCAACUUCGCGUUUGGCUCUUACAACCAGGGCAACUCGAACAACGGCAACGGCAACAAGGCCAGCGCCUAA